CCGAUUCGAAAAUAUACCAGUCAACGGUUGAAUUUCUAACAAAUAUUUAUUUAUCCCCCCUCCCUAUCUCAAUUCCGACACCCGAAAUUUUAGGCUGCCAACUCUCCGAUGUUUCUUCGAUCGAUUUUUCUUCUGUUACUGCUUUCUUUCUGUUUCGUCACUGUUCAAUCACAAUGCAGCAAGGGCUGUGACGCUUUAGCCUCCUACUACGUUCAGGAAGGCGUAACUCUCACCUCUAUAGCUCAAAAACUGGAGUCGUCGCUCGUUGAUCCGUCCGAUGUCGAUUUCAAGGUCAUUUUGAGUUACAACAAGAACAUAACCAACAAAGACAGUAUCCCUGCCGGAAUAAGAAUCAACGUUCCGUUCCCCUGCGGUUGCAUCAACGGUGAAUUCCUCGCCCAUGUGUUCGAUUACAAUCUUACCUCCGGUGACACGUACGAUAAAAUCGCCAAGACUGAUUACGUCAAUUUGACUACCCCGGAGUGGUUAAGAAGUGUUAAUUCCUAUGAUGCAAAUAGGAUUCCGGACUCUGGGACGCUUAAUGUGACGGUGAAUUGUUCAUGUGGAAAUAGUAGGGUUUCAAAGAAAUAUGGACUGUUUGUUACUUACCCGUUGAGGCCAGAGGAUAGUUUGGCGUCAAUUGCGACCAGUACGAAUUUGGAACAGAGUUUGCUGCAAAGUUAUAACCCUGGUGUGAAUUUUAGUCAAGGGAGUGGCUUGGUUUUUAUUCCUGGCCUAGAUGAAAAUGGUGUCUAUCCAGCCCUCGAGUUGUCAAGCACAGGCAUAUCUGGUGGAGUUAUUGGUGGCAUAUGUGUGGCAGCAGUAGCUGCGGUGGCAUUAGUGGCAGUUUGUGUGUAUUUUGUAUUUUACCGAAAGGAUAAAGUAAAGGGGGGAACACCACUUGUGACACUGUCUCAGGAUCUGUCUGCUCAAGCUGGACCUGAUAAACCAUUGGGAUCUCUUGGUCCAGCUGCUGGUGCUUCCACAGGCCUUAAAGGGAUAACUGUGGAUAAAUCUGUGGAGUUUUCACAUGAAGAACUUGCCAAGGCGACUGAUAAUUUCAGUAUGGCUAAUAAAAUUGGAGAAGGUGGUUUUGGAUCUGUUUACUAUGCAGAGCUUAGAGGAGAGAAAGCUGCAAUAAAGAAGAUGGAUAUGCAAGCAUCUAGAGAAUUUCUUGCUGAAUUGAAAGUUUUGACACAUGUCCAUCACUUGAAUCUGGUGCGCUUGAUUGGAUAUUGUGUUGAGGGUUCUCUUUUCCUAGUUUAUGAAUACAUAGAGAAUGGAAACUUAAGCCAACAUUUACGUGGAUCAGGGAGGGAUCCUCUGCCAUGGUCUUCUAGGGUGCAAAUUGCACUUGAUUCUGCAAGAGGUCUUGAAUAUAUUCAUGAACACACAGUUCCUGUUUAUAUCCAUCGAGACAUAAAAUCAGCAAAUAUACUGAUUGACAAGAACUUCCAUGCAAAGGUUGCAGAUUUUGGAUUAACGAAACUGACUGAAGUUGGAAGUGCAUCACUUCCCACACGUCUUGUGGGCACAUUUGGAUACAUGCCUCCAGAAUAUGCCCAAUAUGGUGAUGUUUCUCCCAAAAUAGAUGUAUAUGCCUUUGGUGUUGUACUCUAUGAACUAAUUUCUGCCAAAGAAGCCAUAGUCAAACAAAAUGGUUCAGAUGCUGAAUCAAAGGGCCUUGUUGGUUUGUUUGAGGAAGUUCUUAAUUUACCUGAUCCUAGUAAGGAUCUUCGUAAACUUGUUGACCCUAGGCUUGGUGAUAACUAUCCACUUGACUCAGUCCUGAAGAUGGCCCAGCUCGCCAAAGUUUGUACGCAAGAGUAUCCACAACUACGUCCUAGUAUGAGAUCCAUUGUUGUCGCCCUAAUGACUCUUUCUUCCACAACAGAGGAUUGGGAUGUCGGCUCCUUCUAUGAAAAUCAUGCCCUAGUCAAUCUAAUGUCCGGAAGGUAGAGAAAAAUGAUGUGAUACUUGUGUUACGGAAGUUCUUUUUGGUGUGAAUAAGCACCUAUCAAAUAAUUCCACUGUUUGUCAUUGUUAGUAAAUGCCAUUGUUUAGAUUAGCUAAGGCUUUCUCAAAUUCAUUAAUUGCUUGUAGAAAAGCCUAGAAAGGAAGAGAUUCAUCUUUGCGCCGUAAUAUGUUCAUUUCUAGUUGACAUUUAGUUUCUCAAUGUUAUUAAGGAACAGAAAAUUGUAAAUUAAUUGUCAUCCAAUGGAUUCAGACAUUGACACUUCA